AUGCGCCCGUUCCUGCCAUCACGUCUGAUCCCAACUCGCCAUGCCGCCCUGAAGCUGAUCUCCCGCGGGAGCGCGGCGAGGCCAUGCAGCGACCCGACGGCCUGCCUUACGAACUGUAGGUGCUUCGCUCAGGUCCACGAUGUCGAUCGCAUCAACCGGGAGGUGUGGUUCACCAGCGCUGCACCGAGGCUCAAUGGACUGGGUUUGCAGAAUGACCAUCAGCCUCCGGAUGAGCGGACACUGCAGUUAGGCAAGACCGUCCGGAUCCUGCAUGACCGGUUGCCAACAUUGCUGCAGUCACCACUACCAGGAGACAUACUGAGUCCGCAGAUCACUCUACAUCUCUUCCCAUCCACGCAUCCACAUCUGCCGACUGUUUCGGGGAAGAUAGCGUACAACGCCGCGCUAUGGACCGCGCCGGUAGCGUGGGGCAGGCUGCCGCUGGUCGGCAACGUCAAGCUCACCAUUCUUUCUGAGCGCAUGAUGCGGCAUGGGGGCAGUGCCGUACCUCUAGCGAGCAGGGAUGAGAAGCUCAUUGUGAAGUGGAAGACGUGCGGCAAGACCAAGCAUCGAGACCCGACUGGAGGCAUAUACCGCGGGGCUACUGGCAUGGCAAGCAAGGACCCCAUGGAUCGAAUCAGGGAGCGGAUCAACGGUCAAGACGAGGAGUUCUGCGGCCUCUUCCUCUUCGAAUUCGACGAGAAAGGUCGGAUAGUCAAACAUAUCAUUGAGCACACGGAUGAAGGUGGGCACUGGGACAAGACGGCACGAGUGGUGUCGGUGACCGACUGGUUGCUUGGACGCUUCCAUGGCAGGAGUCGAGAACCUGUGCCUCAGCUCGCGUAUUGUGAGGAGCGGCCGACUGGUGGCAGAAUACGGUUGGUAGACCGGAGUCGUCGCGCGGUGUGA